AGCCAGCAUAUUAAGAUCCAGUGCACCAACUGAUCUCAAUACCCCAGCUGAUCUCAAAGAGAUUUAUUCUUCACUUUGCAAAGUUUCCUUAGCAGAGGUAAUACUUUUUAACCGAAAGAGAUCCGGAGAGGCGGAAAGACUGAAAACGGAAGAUUUCGUAAAGGGCUCUGUUAAUGACGUAGUGGAUGAAGAUAUAUCACACACAUUAAGCAAAUUUGAAAGGCAUUUGUGUAAAUCUCAUUUUAGGAUAGAGACGCGGGGAAAAAGCCUCAAACGAGGCAGGCGAGUGUCAAUUCUCCUAACAAAAGAGAUGAAGGAAAACCUGAACACACUACUUAGAUUGCAGUCUAAGCUUCAAAUAGAGUCUAAGUACGUAUUCAUGAGACCAAGUGGAAGAAAGCCAUACAGAGGCAAUGAUGUACUGAAAGAGGCGACUGAGAAAGCAAAGGUCACACAUGCUUCACGAAUAACUUCAACAAGUUUACGCAAACAACUGGAAACUUUGUCUCAAUUUUUGAAUCUUACAGAGAGCAGCCAAGACAUACUAGCCACGUUUAUGGGUCACGAUAUACGUACACAUAGGGAAUACUAUAGACUUCCAGAAGGGACACUAGAAGUCGCAAAAGUUUCCAAGAUCCUACAUCAAUUGAAUAUGGGAAAAAUCACACAGACGGAUGCUGCACAACUUCAUGGAAACCAAACCAUAAUUGACGAGGAAACAACAGUAAGCGAUGAUGAAGCUUCAAGUGAUGAGGAUGUUGAAGAAUCCGAUGACCAGCAUGAAGAAUCCGAUGACCAGCAUGAUGAAGAAAAUAGAGGAGGUGUUCCUUUAUCUAGCUCAAAACCUGCGGUGUCUGGGUUUCAACCUCAAUAUGGAAAAAGAAGUGGACACCGCAGGAACAACGAGUUGUGA